CAACAUCAGCUGUUGUGGCCAAGAUGGCGCGUAACCCAGUGGAGUUGGAGGUUGCUCUGGACUCGGAUCCGGCCGGGGAUCAGGAGGAUAAAGAGGUUUUGAGACGAUGCAGAGGAAGACCCAGACUCACGGACUCAGACCGGGCUCAGAGGCGCCUGGAGUCCCGGAAGAAGUACGAUAUCCGGCGGGUUUACCUGGGAGAGUCGCACAAGCUGUGGAGUGAAGUGAGGAGGAGAACCAGCCUGAGUGAUGCUGGUCUGGCAGAGUAUCUGAUCCUGCUCAACAACACUUAUGGAGAGAAGUACCAGCAGGAGUACUGCGGGAAGAAGAUUGCUCCAGAAGUCUCUAUAAAACAGAAAAAAGGCAGGAAGGACCGGGUGUCCAGCCUCCAGAGCCUGGUCAGCUGGUACCAGGAUCACAGCCGCUCCUGCCCUCACGAGCCCCAGCUCAGAGCCCUGGAGCCUCAGAUCAACUUCUCCACCGCCGCUAUCUGGCAGUGCGACUCCAACCACUCCUUUGUGCAAUACCUGUUCUCCCCACCGAGGGAGGCCAGUGACUCUGAACCUGAGGAGGAGGUAGUGAUGGAAGAGGAGGAGGAGGAGGAGGAGGAAGAGAGGGCGGAAAAAACAGACGUGGACGUGGCUAAAGAAGCUGUGAGCAGGAAGAGAAGAAAAGACGCUCACAAACAGUUUAAAGAUGUGAGAGAAAAUGUUUCUGAAGGACAACAGACACCCAUGAGCCCGAUAGAAGAGGCUGCAUCUGUAGACCAGCAGCCCAGAGGAGAGGCCUGCUGUGGGGAUGUUCCACUAACAGGACAGCCUGUGUGGGAGAUGGAGCAACAUCCAGGCUCCCCUGCUGAAGAGUUUCCAUCGGACGAGGAGGCGGAGGAUCUGAGGCAAGACGGAGAAGAAGAAGAAGAAGAAGAAGAAGAGAUUAGGACGGUGCCUCUCGGAUACGAGUGUGUAGAAGUGACGCAGUCUUUAAUGGAUAAACUGGAAAAGACGAGAGAAGACUCGUUGCUGUCUCAGAGCGGUUCAGUUGGAUCGGAGCUUUCUGUCCCGUCGAACAUCCCGGAGCAGAGCGAGAUGUUCGACCCUCACUCUCUGCAGACGGUGGUGAGCAGCUGUGAGAUCCCCGACCAGAGGAACACUUUGGGAGGACCGCAG